AGCCUCUUAUUUCUUACUACAGUAACCCUAUAACACACUGGCAGUCAUGUGACAGUCAUAUAAUACAACUCAGUGAGCGCACACAGUCCAGUCGAUCUCUGCUGCUGCUGAAUGGCGCGUCUCAAGGACAAAUCCUGCUGUGGGAAUAGACUGCGGAUAAAAGCCAUCCUCCCCGCGCCGUUUGCCCCGGACGUGUCUUUACUCUGAGGGAACACGACAUUCUGUGCCCUGGCUGAAGACCUUGGAUUGCAAGAGUGUUUCCCCAACGUUUACUUUUUCCAAUCUGAGAGUGAACACCAGGUGAUUCAGUUCUCACCCGAAUGGGAAGUGUGACCUUGGUGACCUGAGUUUGUUUGACCUGACUUUUCCAGCCACACAAGGAAUUUAUCUCUUACAAAUCAUCCAAAACACAAACUCUAAGUCCAACAAGAGACAGAGGUUUGGCACUAGCCAGGGAUGGUAGAUAACUUCCCAGUGAGCGAGGAGACUUGUCUUCCGUACAGUGGCUCUCCACCGGCACACCGGCUGUCUGACAUGGUGACAGAUCUGGGCUCCUACCAGGUGAUGCCAUCACCACUUUCAGAGGACGACCUGAGUGAACUGUCCAGCCCUCGUUCCUGCUCCAGCCCGGACUCCCAGGUGCUCAGCUCCAGCUAUGGCAGCAACUCCAGUGCUGAGAGCCAGGACAGCAUCCUGGACCACCUGCUGUCCCAGGCCUCUCUAGGAGGUGUCCUGGCAGGCUCUGUGGCACCCUCACCAUUAUCGACUUUCCUCUGCGACUCAUGGAGAGAUGAGCCUGCCAAACGUGGGCCUGUAAAGGAGGAAAAUAUUGAUUACCUCAACUGGUCCAAUGUGGAGACAGAGGAACCACUUGGGGGGUUUCAGCCCACUCUGGAGGAGAUUGAAGAAUUCCUAGAGGAGAAUAUGGAGGUGGUGACAAUGAAGCAGGAGAUCCAAGAGGGCUGCCCAGAGUUGGAGGUGGGAGCGGAGGAAGGGCUUGGUCUAGAGGUCGGCCUGAAGUGGUGCAUGGAGGCGUCCUCUGAGCGUAAGCUAGAACCAGAAGCCAAGUACUCAGACCAAACUGUCCCCACCGCCAGCACUGCUGCCUCCAGUGAGACCAAAGCUACAUCAGUUAACCCCACACACCACUCCAGCACAGAAGCCAACAAACCUUCAACAGCAGACAGUGGCACCAGCAGUAGUGGGAUGCCAGUCAUCCUACAGAUUCAGCCCCUUCAGAUCAAGCAGGAGACCACAGUAGCUCCUGUUACCCCGGUAGCCCAGCCCCCACCAUCUCCCCGAGCCUCAGACAUCAAAAUUGCGCAGCUACUGGUCAACAUCCAAGGUCAGACCUUCGCGCUGGUUCCUCACAUCCUGCCCUCCCCUAACCUCAAUGUCUCCUCCAAGUUUGUACGCAUUGCUCCCGUCCCCAUUGCAGCCAAACCUCUGGGGCUUGGGGAUGGCUCAGACAGCCAGGGAUCAGGGAUUUUUGCCGGAGGUCAAAAGUUCCAGAAGAAUCCUGUGUCGGAUCUUAUCAAAAUGCACAAAUGCACUUUUCCUGGCUGCAGCAAGAUGUACACCAAGAGCAGCCACCUGAAGGCCCACCUGAGGAGGCACACGGGGGAGAAGCCUUUCGCCUGUAACUGGCAGGACUGUGGAUGGAGGUUUUCACGGUCGGAUGAGCUGUCUCGACACCGGCGCUCCCACUCGGGGGUCAAGCCCUACCAGUGUCCUGUCUGUGAGAAGAAGUUUGCCCGCAGUGACCACCUGUCUAAACACAUCAAAGUCCACCGUUUUCCCCGAAGCAGCCGGACAGUUCGCUCAACAAACUGACACCCUUGCUCGCAUCGCUGGGAUCUCUGGGAUCGCUGGGAUCUCUGGGAUCUCUGGGAUCUCUGGGAUCGCUGGGAUCUCUGGGAUCGCUGGGAUCGCUGGGAUCUCUGGGGUCGCUGGGAUCUCUGGGAUCUCUGGGGAUCGCUGGGAUCGCUGGGAUCUCUGGGAUCGCUGGGAUCGCUGGGAUCUCUGGGAUCGCUGGGAUCUCUGGGAUCUCUGGGAUCGCUGGGAUCACUCUCGUACAGACAUAAGCCACAGGAGCGAGGUGUGAGUGUGAAUGCACAGAUGUGUGUGCACAUCUUUGGGCCCUCAUCAAGUCAAAAUCAACAUGUGAUGUGACGGAGGAAUGCCUUUUUUUCUUAUUUCAGCAAUCUGGGAUUGUUCUAAUUUAUUAUACAAAAGUGAGUCACCACGGUUACCAUCCUGUAUUCAGAUGAAGGUUGUCGUUGCUGUUGGCACUUUGGUAUGUUGUACUACUUAUGUUUGUUCUGUCCUUAUCUCCUGCCUCAGCAGAAGAUGAGAUGAACUGAUUUUCAUUCAGUGCGGAUCACGUGAUAGAUUUGGUGAUAGCCUUGUGUCCAUUCUACCUGGAGAACAACAACUGCCUUUUAUCUUCCUGAAAGCUGCCAAUGUCUCGCACAUUCCUCUUCUGCACCAUUUAGGAAGUUCACUGGGAUCCCCAUCCGCAACUGUCGCAGUAAUAAUUAUUCUUCCUAGGGUCCAAAGACCAGCGAGGGCUCUCUGAUAGCUUCGUCCUAGUUUUUUUUUGCUGCCUUGCACCACAGUUCAUUGACAGAAAAAGUGGAUAAUGUAUUUGUCAUUGGUGUUGAUGGACAGGUAGAAAACUGUAGCACCCCAUAAACAUGAACUACUGAUUGCAUAAGAAAAUAAGGGAAAUGUCACAAUAAGCUUCCAGGACUCCUCUCUGGGGGUGGGUGGAUCAAUUCCAAAAUAUCGAUCCGUUCGAUACCACGUCUGGUUUUUGACGAUUCAUCAAAAGGAUCGAUACCAGUCUCACUUUCUCUCUUCUAUGUUGGACUCAUUUCAGAGUAGAACUGAGCAAACGCUGUUCUGUUCUCGUGAACACAAAUAAGUUCAUCCCAGUCUUUGUCACUGCUGUUGUCAUGUUGUGCGCAACAAUAGACCGUAGUCGCACGGCGGCCAUAUUGCUCUGAGGUCAUGCUCAGGGUGGGAAGCUCAGCUGUUGUGCUGAGACUCAUGUAAACAUUGGGAAUCUGAAAAAUCGUUGUCACGUCUCCUCUUCCCGAUCGAUCAGCAACUGAAAAGACAAUGGAUAACCUGUAUGACGGCUCGUUUUUAUGCCUGUGCCACGACAGUGGUGAUACUGCUGCCCUCAACAGAACUGAACUGUCUGCGAUGUCACCCGCCUGUCACUGAAUAUUACCUGGCACUGUGAAACAGAAUCAGAAACAAGUAGCACAAGCCAGUGAACUGAUUGGUCACCUUUAGUAACUCUGACAUUUAUGUUGUGUAAUGCAUAACAUUAACUUGAUCCUCGCAGAUUCUUCUGCCCAUUUAUCAAUUUGGUCGAAUGAAAGUGAGGUAAAUAAGUUUUUCAACCGUUUCGCCGUUCUCCCACAGGAUUUACUCAGAGACAAGAAAGUGGCUUAAAGAGGCUUCCCACCCUCAGCCUGACGUCAGAGGAAAAUGGCCGCUGUGUGAAUAUGGUCUGCGGAGCGCCUCUGUGGCUCAACUGCCAGAGCGCACAACAUUGAAGCUCAGUCCUUACUGCAGCGGCCCGGGCUUGAAUCCUUAAUAUAACCUUCAAAAAUGAUGGCUAUUGAUGAUGAAUACACCUCAUAAAUCAUGACACUGCUCUCCCCUACAUGAAAAUACAGCCACUUUUGAUAAGUAUCAGUAUCAAUAUCAAUAUCAGUUGGCGGUUCUGACCCUGUAUAACUAGUGUUGGAUUGAAAAGAAAUGUGUUAUCGCCCACCCCUACUCCUCUCACUCUUUUACAGCAGCUUUGUUAACCUGCUGAGACUCAAGAUGGAGAGUGACAGAGCAACACAGGAAAUGAGAAAGUGAAACACAACUGCAACGUUAAACGCACAGUGACGGUUAAAUCUGCCUUCUGAUCAGUGUUAAGUGGUCUUUGUUGUUUUAUUAAGCAAUCAUUAGUACCUACUCGCUGGUAUUCUAUUUUUAUCACUUUUCUGGCCUUACUGCACCACAGAGCCAAAUGGUUUUGGAAAUCAGGGGCCAGUUGCACAAAACACCUAAAGUUAAGAGUUUCCCCAAAGUCUGAGUCUGUCUCUGUCUUCACUGCAACAUGUGUGUGUUUAUGAUGACACGUCAAGAAAAUGAAGAGUGGGAGAACUCAGUGGAUACCCUUAAUGAUGAGGAAUUGAUUCUACAUUACGCGCUUCUUUAAUGUUGUCAGCUUCCCAAAAGUGAUAACAGGUAUCACAAGCUGAUGCCAGCAAACAUAGGUCUCCAUGGAAACAGUAGAAAAUUCUGAGAGAUUCUGUGCAACUACGUAAGUAACUACGUAAAAAUUGAACCUUAAGUGUUAUACUUAAAAUUUAAGGUGUUUUGUGCAACUGGCCCCAGGCUUUCAGUGAUCCAUAUUUGCAGGUGUCAUAAAUGUCAUUCUGUGCAUAGCCAUGGAGCUGAAUGUCUCAUCUGCUCUUAUUAUUUGAAUUAUUUUAUUAUUUUUCUGAACGACUUGAUACAAAAGCUGCCUCAGCUCUACUUCAUCUGUUACUGGAGACACACUGACAGCCCCUGACCUCAGCCGGCAGGUAUGUUAUGUUGAGAUGACAUCAGUGGACACACACCAUGGUGCUGAACUACCAGGACAAUGAGUUUCUGGGAAACGUAGUCACAACAUCCUUUUUUGAGGCCAUGACACACUUUCUACGACCUAAUUGCUCUCGAACACUGUUUUCUCUGGGUGUCACGCCCCUGUGAAUAUGUAGGGGUGUGACGAUGCUGUACAUGCGUAAUUCAUGUAUGUAAAGUGACAACAAGCUAGGGCACAACGUUGUACACCAUUCCUUACAUAAGAUUUUUGAAUUUUUCAUGCUUGUGUGAACACAGGUGUUUUAUCGCAUCCUAUGAAUGUAUGUAUAUAAUAUGCAGACGUGUACAUCGCUGCAUCCAGGAAAGACACAAAGACUCCUCUGAUAACAUAUCUUAAGACAAAUCAGUGGUCGUGAAAAUUUCUAGUUUAAAUCUAAAUGUGUACAUAACAUUUCAGUACAUAUGAAUAUAUUAUAUAUAUUUUUCUUUGUUCUAUCCAAGAUGCAUUUACAAAUAAAACUGAAAAGAAUCAAA